GCGCUCUUUGCAGCGAGGCAUCGUCUAUCAGGUGCCAUCCCUGGUGUCUUCAGUUUGGUCAUUUAUUUAUUUAUUUUUUAGUCACCGCACAUAUUGAGAUGGAUCCUCAGGAGGAUGUGAGUAGGAAGCCGGGGCUGAUGGGGAUAACCAGCACCGCCACCACCGCCGCCGCAGUGAGUGACAAGACCGGAGCUGGGAGGGCAGACGCCGCCGCCGUCGCCGGCGAUGUGGUGUCUGCGGUCGGCGCUGGCGCCGGGAAUGACCCCGAGUGCGGCGGGAAGAGCGGGCGGCGGGAGGAGACUGCAGCUCUGGACUCUGCAGUGCUGAUGGUGAGGAGGAGAGUGGCCCCCGGACUGAAUCCGCUCGCCCACGAUUACCCGCGAAUCACUCAGCGGUUUGUCCGCCGGAUUGUCCCGCUCUCGGUGCCGCUGUCGGUGGACAGGCCAGAAGCCGAGCCGCAGAGCAUGGCGCUGAGAGCACUGCGAGUGGAAGCGGCCGCCGAAGGCUCGAGCACCGAGAGCCAAGCCGGCCAGAAGGGCAGCGCCACCGAGAGUGUCAGCGCCGAUGAAGAGAAGGAAAGCAAAGCGGGUGAGAGCGCAUCCAAAGAGCCGUCGGAUAACUCCAAAGACCUUUCCAAGUCCCAGAGUGAGGAGAACGAAGAAGAAGCUGAGAUGAAAGCGGUCGCCACUUCACCUGAUGGCAGGUUUCUAAAGUUUGAUAUUGAACUUGGCAGGGGCUCUUUCAAAACUGUCUACAAGGGUCUGGACACAGAGACAUGGCUAGAGGUCGCCUGGUGUGAGCUUCAGGACAGAAAACUUGCAAAGGCAGAGCGUCAGCGAUUCCGAGAGGAGGCAGAAAUGCUUAAAGGCUUGCAACAUCCCAAUAUUGUUCGAUUUUAUGAUUCUUGGGAAAGCACUCUGAAAGGGAAAAAAUGCAUUGUUUUAGUUACUGAAUUAAUGACCUCGGGAACGUUGAAAACAUAUUUAAAAAGAUUUAAAGUGAUGAAAACAAAAGUAAUGCGAAGCUGGUGUCGGCAGAUAUUGAAAGGGUUAUAUUUUCUACACACAAGAACUCCACCGAUUAUUCACCGGGAUUUAAAAUGUGAUAAUAUUUUUAUUACUGGGCCCACGGGAUCCGUGAAGAUAGGAGAUUUGGGUCUAGCAACUCUAAAGCGUGCCUCUUUUGCCAAAAGUGUUAUAGGUACGCCAGAAUUCAUGGCUCCAGAAAUGUAUGAAGAGCAUUAUGAUGAAUCUGUGGAUGUAUACGCUUUUGGAAUGUGUAUGUUAGAAAUGGCUACCUCAGAAUACCCAUACUCAGAAUGUCAGAAUGCUGCCCAGAUCUAUCGGAAAGUUACAAGUGGUGUAAAACCGGCAAGUUUUGGCAAGGUCACAGAUCCAGAAAUAAAAGAGAUCAUUGGAGAAUGCAUUUGCCAAAAUAAAGAAGAAAGAUAUUCUAUAAAGGAUCUAUUAAAUCAUGCAUUCUUUGCGGAGGAGACUGGUCUGAGGGUUGAGCUUGCAGAGGAUGAUGAUGGGAAAAAACAUUCAAUUGCUAUGAGACUUUGGGUUGAAGACCCUAAGAAGCUGAAGGGCAAGCCCAAGGAUAAUGGAGCUAUUGAGUUCAGUUUUGACUUGAAUAAAGAAAACCCUGAUGAUGUUGCACAAGAAAUGAUUGAUUCUGGUUUCUUUCAAGAAUGUGAUGCCAAGACUGUUGCCAAGUCAAUACGAGACAGAGUAGCCUUAAUUAAGUGGAGAAGGGAGAGAUGUCAGCAAGUAAUUGUGAUAAAUGCCCAAAGAGAGACGACGGAAUUGGAAAGUCAGAGGGACUGUUUUCAUCAAAUGGAAGGUACACCCCAGUCAGGCUUGCAAUUUCCCUCAGAACUCGAAGAACCUGAAGUUGAUCAGCACGUACAUCAGAGUCUGCUCAUUAGUGUCACAUCUGUUAUGUCUGACAGCACUUGUGACAGUGGACAAGGGUCAACACUUUACUCUGACUCACAAGGAAGCCAACAGAGUGUUCUGUACCCAUCCGUUCAUGAAUCAAUGCCUCCUAGAGUACAGCAGAUCUUCAGUCCACCUCAGAGUGAGAUUCCGGCACCUUCCAUUAGUUCACAGCAGCUAUUGGCUCAAUACCAACACACAUCUACACCCAGCCCAAUGAUGCAUGCCCCAUCUGUUGUUUUACCAAUACAACCUCAUCAAUUUGCGACCCAGCAACAUUACCAGAAACCAGCAGCAACACUUGCUGCAAUGCAGAUAGGACAACCUCAACAGAAACAGGUGUUGACAGUACAGCCUCUUGUCCAGCCUGCAACUCUGCCACCGACACAGUAUCAGGUGCAACAGCCUCUGAUGUCAGCACAGAUAGCCCAUCAUUCUGCUGAAUUGAAGCUAUUACCGGUGGGCAUUCCACAAGUUUCAGUUUACUGUUCGAUUGAAAUAGGAACUCCACCACAAAGGCAUCAGAUAUCACUUGUGCCAAUGCAGCAUUUAGUUUUGCCAUCUCCACUGGCUGAAACUGUUCCAGAAACUGGUACCUUCACCGAGCAACAAAUGCAAGUGCAAUCCAGUGGUCUCCCACAUUCAAUGCAACAAACAAUGCCAUUGCAAGUCAGUAUUCCUCAAUCAUUAAACCAACAGAACAAAGAUACUCACUUGGCAACAAUGCAGAUCUCCACUAAUGCUCAAAGUGACAGUCAUCCUCAGCAAGAUAAACAACAGACAACAUGUGGCUGUUAUGAUAAUAUAUGUUCAGAUGCUGCUUCAGGAAAAGAGAUGAGUGAUGGUUAUGAAGGAAUUCAUGCCAGCGGGAAACAGGAGAACAAAAGUUCAAGGAAACAUCAUAAGAGGUCUACACGUACUCGGUCACGUCAGGAAAAGGCCAGUAAGCCAAAGCUGACUCUUCUUAAUGUGUCAAAUGUGGGAGAUAAGAUGGUAGAAUGCCAACUGGAAACUCAUAAUCACAAAAUGGUAACCUUUAGAUUUGACUUGGAUGGUGAUGCUCCAGAUGAAAUAGCAAGUUAUAUGGUCGAGAAUGAUUUUAUACUGGAAAUGGAGAAGGAGAUUUUCAUUGAACAGAUGAAAGAUAUAAUGGACAAAGCAGAAGAUAUGCUCACAGAAGAAACAAAUGGAGAAAGUGGCAUUCAUAGUACAGUUGUACAAGAAGUUGCUGGGAAGUCGGAGAUAGAUGGUCAGAUGCCAGUUUCUCUACAAUCGCAACAGAAUGUCUUGCACACAGGCCGAAGGUGGUUUAUUGUAUGUCCGGUUGUGGAAAAUAUUGCAACAGAACUUUCAGAAUCUGCAUCAGAUGUUCCUUCAACUCAACCACAACCAACUUCUACUUUGGAAGCAGAACUAGGAAUUGAUGAGCAAGUUGAAUCUACAGCGUCUGCUACAAAUGAUAGCACUUCUGGACAUCGUAAUGCAUCUCCACCUUUGGUACCAGUGCUGUCAAAUAUUACCUAUCCAACAAAUUUAGCUGCACAAGCAACAAUGUCGCCCCUUAUUUCUACGCUAUCAAUCCAGAGGGAGGAUAAAACUGUAAAUGAAGCACAACAGAGUAGUCACUGCAUAUAUACUGCUGUUUCAAAUGGAUCGGAUAUUUCAUUUCAAAGCCACCUUGCAGUUCAUGAGCAUUUAGAAAUUUGUUCUACAUCUGUGGUUCCACUGCAGUCAGAAGAAGAACAAUCAGAUGUGGUUUAUAGCCCCCCUGUGGUUGUAGAUAUGAAACAUUGUCCUGUUGUUCACCCUCUUCCGAUCCAAUCAAUAUCUACACAAACAGAACAUAAUAUUCCUACUCAAUAUCCUGAACUUAGCCCAAUUCACAGCGUGGUCUUGGAGCACCGGUCUGUACCACAAGCUUGUGUUCCUGACAUUAUUCCACAAUCUGUUGUAAAGCAGCAAACUUUUGCAAACCAGAUGCAGUCAGCUGUGGGCAUUUCUGGAGCAGUCAUUAAUACAGCAGUGGGUUCUCAGCCCCAGAGUCCUGCACAGCUAGUUCCAGGUGUUAACCAGCAAUUUGCACAAGCGCAAUCUCAGUCAGUUACUUUGACUGGUAUUAUUAGCAGUCAGCAACAACUUUCUCUCGUGGUUGAAUCAGACAGUGAAGGUCCACGUAAAAUUGAAUUUGUGGAUAAUACAAUAAAGACACUGGAUGAAAAGUUACGCACUUUACUAUAUCAAGAACCUGGUGGAAUCCUCCCUGCAUAUCCUGCAGCUGAACCUUCUGAAACUGUUGCUUUGGGAGAUGUGGGUUGCGCCGAAGAGCUUUAUGCUGAGCCCCUUGAUGAAGUCCUAAAUGCUGCACUUUCUGUGGCUGUUUCUGUUCAUGAUGUAGAGAAUAUAGAUGCGCCUAUCCAUUCUGUUCUACCAAUAACCCAAGUCCCUAUUAUGGGGUCACCACCAAGCUUGCAUUCUUUGCCUGCAGAGUUACCUGAAGAAACUUCUAAUCAAGUUGUUCUGAGAGAGGUUCUAUAUCAGCAUGUGAAAGCACCAGUAUUACCUGUAAUGGGAGACUCCAUUUUGGCUUCAAAAGCUCUAGAGACUGGAUCUACUGAUAUUACUAAUCAAAAUCUAGAAGUUAAAGAGUGUAUUCAAAGCUAUGUGCGACCACAGACAGCAGAAUUGUCCACAGGAGCAUCGAUUAUAAACAGUCAAGUGACUAUUGCUGACAUCAGGGGGGCAGGCUCAUCUGAUACAAUGUUUGUUAUGUCGUCGACAGUGGAUCUUCUUCCUGUAACAAUAGACAAGUUUGAGGUUGUUCCAACAUCUCAGAACAUUGUUAAUAAAAUUGAGCAUUAUGCAAAAAGUGAAACUAAGCCAAACGAAGCACCAGAUUCACCAGGAGGAAAUGGAUUCUGCCAAUCAUUAGCAAAUGGUGAAAGUGACCAGAAGAAAGAAAAAAUGGAAAAUAAGCUGCUGUCCAUUACAAGAAUUAACACAAUUGGCAGAUUUUCGGUUAUUAGCACAAAAGAUGAAGUAACUUUAAGAUAUCCUUGUCGCAAUAGACAUUCUGCACCUCCUGAACUUUAUUCAAAUACAUCUAGCCCUGAUUUGAAGCCUUUGGUUACUCGAACUCAGACCUCUGUUCCAGUUGAAGCUAUGCUUCGCAGCCGUCCAUCUUCAGAUUCUGAUGAACCGUUCAGUACAAAACUAAAUGUUCAAACAUCAGUUGCAUGCAAUCAGAUGAGCACAGUUGGAGAAUUUCCUUCAUCAAGAAAAUCAGCUGCUUUGUUGAAAACUGAGAGGCAGAGACCUGAACUUGCGUGUGGUCAAGCAGCAGCCCCCCCAACCAUUACGAUUAAGUCUGCAUCUCCUUCCCAGUCAUCAUAUAUGAGCAGUGACAAUGACUCUGAAUUUGAAGAUGCUGACAUGAAAAAAGAACUACAGAUACUGCGAGAAAAACACAUGAAAGAGAUCUCAGAGCUUCAAGUUCAUCAAAGACAUGAAAUAGAGGAAUUGUAUAGACGUUUAGGAAAACCUUUGCCAACAGCUUUAGGAUUCUUGCAAGCUGUGCCACCUACAGGCAGACGACGGAGACCAAGCAAAAACAAACUAAAGGCUUGCAAGCUACUUAAUCCAUUAGUGCAGUCACUGAAGAAUACAGCAUCCAAUAUAAAUCUUCAAACAGAUAAUUACACAACUGCUACAGCUCAAGAUGACCCAAGUAACUGUGAUACACCAGAACCUGCUCAAUCCCAUGAAGUGCAGACAAGACAGCCCUGCUCUAUCAAGUCCUCCUUAUCCUCUGACAAUGUUUGUUCAGGCUUUAUUAGCGAUACAGCAGGUGCUGCACAAGGUGACUUAGCCCAAGGCUGGACGGUUUUCCACCAAACGUCUGAGAGAGUGACCUAUAAAUCUAGUAGCAAACCUCGUACCAGAUUCCUCAGUGGACCUGUGUCUUUGUCCAUCUGGUCCACUCUGAAACGGCUAUGUCUAGGCAAAGAUCGCAGUAGAUCUUCAAGUAGCAACAGUGCAAAUCAGUCAGUGCAGCAGAUUCUGCAACUGCAUCAGCACCAGCCCCAACGUCAUCAGCCACCUCAACAACAAAAUCAAACCAAUAACAGUAACAACAAGAAGGGAACUUUUACAGAUGACUUGCACAAGCUUGUAGAUGAUUGGACAAAGGAAACAGUUGGAGCUGCACAGUUCAAACCUUCUUUAAACAAGUUAAAGCAGCCCCAGCAUAGAUUUGAUACGGAGCCUAGGCAAAAACCAUCCCAGCCUGAUGGAAUAGCUGUCCCAGCGAUGACAAAAAGGUUCUCUGCUCCAGUGACAUGCCCUACAUCAACUGCUUUAACACCAGGAAAAUCAAUGUUACCAGCAGGAUUGCCAGCUACUCCUAUCCCUGGUACAGUACCUGCUUACAUGCUGCCUCUGUGCCAGUAUGGUGGCAUGAUCCCAGCGCCGCUUUAUGGUGUGCAAUGGCCAGCUGUCUCAGGUCCAACUUCACAGCCUGGGGCAUUCAGUGCUCAAGGACUAUCCUCAUUUCCAUCUCUUAGCAAAGGAGGCAUGCAGAUGUUUCCGGUACCACUCCAAAAACCUGUUAUAAACCCAUCUGGGUCCAACAUGAGGACUACCUAGCUUUGUUGUGAAGAAUUUGAGAUAAUAAGGACAUGGGGUGGGGUGAUGAAAAGGGGAGGGAACAUUUUUGAGAACAGUUUAAUUUAACUGCUUUCUUUAUAAAUACAAAAUUAAAUAUACUUGAUUGUAGCUGAAUACUAUUGGCAGCCAGGGUGGGCUUGCUAAUGCACAUAGCCAUACAUUGCAAUGAGCAAUCACUGUGAAAUAUUUUCACAAAGCGUUGCUGAAAGCUAGAUAGUUCUUGGGUGAUAGUUGCAUUUGUCUUGCAAUUUGGACACUUUAUAUUUUGCUUUGAACGUUUAACACUAGUAACCUUAAACUGGGUUUAAUUAACUUGAGUGGGUAUUGAGAUAAAUUUAAUAACCCUGCAGGAGUACAGUGCCUUGACUUAUGCUUUUCAGUUUCCACUGGAAAGAAAUAUUUAAAAGGUUUUUUUAAGUUUCUGCUGUGGUCUGUUGGACAUGUUUUAGUUUAGUUAUGAAAGGCCUAAAGGUUUACAAGAUGUCUGUUACUGGUAACUUAGCUACAUGCACAUGAACAAUGAAUAUUUAUAUCUGUUGCUUGACUGUCUUUGUCACAUGGAAGUAACUAUAUUAAUGCUGCUAGAAUUGUCUCCUUUUUUCAGGGGCUUAAAUUCAGAUACAAAAGAAAUUAGCUGCUGCACAAUCCACUUGCUUCUGUAGGGAUAACUUGAGUAAUUCCGAUUCUAAAUUCAUUUAGGAGAAAUAAAAAUGUGAUCUUCAUCUGCUAUGUUUAAACAUCUGCACAUAAGUUCACUCAAGUUGUGGUAUUGUUUUAGAGAAACAUUGAACUUUGUUUAAAUUGCUGAUAAACCAACAGUAUUAACACUAAACAACAAACUGCCAUGUCUUUUAUGUUAUCCUGCGCUUUUCAAUGAUAUGAACACUUUAUUUAUAUAUGCUUAACCAUGAAUGGAUUUGGCAGAAAUUAAUAUUUAUUAGAAGGUCUGUUAGUAGCUGAGAUAGCACUGAAUGAUUUUUGUUUAGUUAAACUAACUUAUUCAACAUACAGGUUGCUUUAGUUUGAACAUAAUUUGUCUCGAUGGCUAGGGGGAUCAAAUCUUAACUUUUGUAUUGUUAAGCCUCAUGCAGAACUUGAAUUGAUAGAACACCAAGUGGAACACUUUGGGGACAGAAAGGCAGAUGAGAGGUAAGCAAGGUAGAUGUGACACUUUACAAAGUCAGACGUGAAGGUACAUUGCUCUGAUUUCUUUCCUGCAAUAUUUUAUACGACAUGCUGAAAGGCAGAGAUGUCUUGUACUGCCAAGCUGUGAAGAAUUGUAUUGUUACUGUACUUCUAAUUGUUAAUGUCUAAAUUAUUUUGUUUAUACCCUUUAAUAUUCCAUCAAUUCAGUUAGAAUUGGAGUUUUAUAGAACAUUGUGCAGAAUCUUCUGCCUUGGCAAAACACUUCCUGUAGUAAGAGAUUUCUGUUCUCUGUUAUUUGUACCUUGCAUUUAUUUUGUUUAUAUUUAUGUCUGUAUGCUUCAUGAGCAAAAAUGGAAAAUCUAACCUAAAAUCAGACAUCUAAUGCUUGCACUAAGAACAAUUGGAUUGCUUUGCCUGUUAAAUAGCUGACUUUUGUUUCACUGACAUGGUCAGUGACAUUCAA